UACAACAACAAGCACUUCUACUAGUGAGCUGGAGGCCUUCCCCGUGGCAGACGAAACGACUUUAAUCUGGAGUCCUGCUGUGCUCGAAUCAAAAAUCGUGAUAGUCGACAAGAAUAAGGAGGAAGAGACCGGCGAUGGAUCUUCUCAUGCCGAUACGACCUCUUCUUCCGCAUCUGAACAAGUAUCAACAUCACAAGAGCAGCAGUGCCCCUCAGUAACCACCAGUUCGGCGAAGCUUGAUGAACUUACUCGGCAGUUGAGUAAUGCAGCAGCAUGCCCGUACCCAGAAUACUACAAUGAGAUGAACGGAGGUGGAGUUUCGGGAGCCGAUGCUGAUGGCAGUCUGAGCACCACUUCCAGCAAUGCAGUUGCGAUGAAGGCACUUAACGAGCCAAAUAAGAUGCACGACCAAGAGGCCGCCGAUGCAUUAAUCAGCAACGUGGUGAGAACAGCGCUAGAUUUGUGCAAAACCCACAGGACAGGCCACACGGCCAGCACGCCUUCCGCGUGGAGUGAUUACAUCCUAGGAGACUGUUAUUCGACGUGGUCUGAGAUCUUGACAUCACCGGCUUCACGGUUUCCGGCCUUCCCCCAACUCGCGCGCGCCGUCGCAGAGUACGUUUUGUUUGGAAAAAUCAAACCCACGUCUACAAUGCCUACGCCUGCCGUUGAGAACAAUGACGCAAAUCGAGAGUUCGCAUGGCGAGAUCUUUUGAUGGCUCCCCCUGAUGAGAGCUCUUUUGUUGUUCGCGUUGGGGCGCCGCGUUCGGAAAAAGUGAUCAUGUACUGGACGACUUUCAUCGUGGCCAGUGCGAUGGAGGCGAUACCGGAAUUUGCGCGAGUGGUGGAAUCCAAUCCAGAUUUUGCCGAUCUCAUACAUAAUAGAAGGAGCGCCCGGUCGCGACAGCAGGCGGGAAUUGGCUCCAAUCGAAACGAAAGCGGGGGCAGUCGGACGCAUAGCAACGGGGAUCUUGCUUCGCGUGAGGGAAGUAAGUUUCGUGGCUCGUUAUUCGGACGGAUGGCAUCCGCAUCGGGCCAGGAGAAUAAUAGAAAGGGUGGCUAUUCAUAUUCUCCGCCAUGGGCUUCAACUUCAUCAGUUAGUAAAAGUUCCGCCACUUCUAACGACCAAGUCGUAGAUGUUGAUAGCGAGACUUGCAGAGACGAGUUCGAGUUUCUGUAUCCUCCUGAAUUGAGACGUGGUCGAGUAUCCAGCACUACCACCGCAGAUUGCACAAGUCGCAUGGGCAGCUUUGUUCAAACGAGUGAAUUUGGCAGUGCAAAAAGUAGUACUAGCACGUCAGGACUUGUGGCACGAAGUAAAGUAGAUUCGGAAGGGGACCUACUAGGUGGAGAUGAACCUACAGCCAGAACUCCUGUGGCGGGAGGUAAUGGCGACCCAUCCACCAGCGGAGUUGAUUUAUUUGCGGGAUUGUCGAAGCGAAGCACGGGUGCGUGGCGACCAACCGGGAAAUGGCGAGAGCGAGCGGCG